AUGGUGCAAAUGGGUUUUGUUUUAACUCUCAUUUUGGCUCAAGUUCUGUUUGGUUCUUUCAUGGCUUCUGUGAUGGCCAUGGACUUGUCCACUGCGAUCCUCAUGCGAGUCGAUCAAUCGGGGAGAGGAGAUUUUAGGAAGAUACAAGAUGCCAUUGACGCUGUUCCACCAAAUAACAAUCAGUUGUUCUUCAUUUUGGUCAAUCCAGGAACUUACACAGAAAAGGUCGUAGUGCCAGCUGACAAGCCUUACAUAACAUUGAGUGGAAGAAAUCCCUCCACCACCAUAAUCACAUCUAAUCAGGGAGGAGACAUAUUUCAAUCUCCGUCUGUCACAAUCUUUGCUUCAAAUUUUGUGGGUCUAUACCUUACAAUUCAGAACACGUUUGGAGCUGCUGGGAGAGCUGUGGCGCUAAGAGUAUCAGGAGACAGAGCUGCUUUUUAUGGAUGUAGAAUCAUAUCUUAUCAAGACACUCUACUAGAUGAUGUUGGAAUGCAUUACUACAGAAGUUGUUACAUAGAAGGAGCAACUGAUUUCAUAUGUGGAAAUGCUUUGUCCUUGUUUGAUAAAUGCCAUAUCCAUUCAGUUUCGCGAAAUAAAGGAUGGAUUACUGCUCAACACAGAGAUUCAGCGUCAGAAAAUACUGGGUUUAGCUUUGUGGGUUGCAGGAUUUCUGGUGUUGCACCUGCUUUCCUUGGAAGACCAUGGGGUGCUUAUUCAACAGUGGUUUUUGCACUAACUUAUAUGCCUAGUGUGAUUAUUCCACAAGGUUGGGACAAUUGGGGUGGAGACAAAUCAAAGGAAAGCACUGCAUAUUUUGGAGAAUAUCAGUGCUAUGGUCCUGGAGCUGGUAGAACAAAGAGGGCUCCAUGGUCACGAGGUCUGUCAAACGGUGAUGCUACGCCAUUCAUGAAUAUGAGCAUGAUAGGGGGAGGCGGUUGGCUUCGGCCUAUACCAACCAAAUUUAAAAGAUGGUCCGGUAAAGCUGUUGUUGAGAAUGUUGAUGUCCCCACUAUAGGCUAG